GAAACGGGAAGAAAACAGCAUAGGGGGAAAGUGGAAGCGAUUUUUGUGAUGUGUUGUUAAAUUUCCAUUGCCAAGAUGUCGGGCCACGAUCAGCUGGCCCACUAUUUGUGUGAGUUAACAAGUUUACUGUGGAAGUUGUUGCUGCCUCUGCUGUUCCUCUGUGUUCUGCUCGUUGCUGUCCUGGUCCUGCUGGUGCUGGCAGUGCGUUUCUGGCUGCAGAGCAACAGGACUGUGCGGCGAGCAAGGGACGGACGUCCCACUGUGGCCUUCUUUCACCCUUACUGUAAUGCUGGGGGAGGAGGAGAGAGGGUGCUUUGGUGUGCUAUCAGAGCGCUGCAGAACAGGUAUGCAGAUAUCAAUUUUGUGGUGUACACAGGGGACCUGGGGGUGACAGGCCAGCAGAUCCUGGAGGGAGCACGACGUCGCUUCAACAUCCUGCUCCCCCGCCCGGUUCACUUUGUGUUCCUGAGGCACCGGCUGCUCGUGGAGCCCGGACUGUUUCCUCACUUCACCCUGCUGGGACAGAGCGUGGGAUCUGUCUUCCUGGGGUGGGAGGCACUGACAGAGUUUGUCCCAGACAUUUACAUCGACUCCAUGGGUUAUGCCUUUACUCUGCCUCUGUUCCGCUACCUGGGAGGCUGCAGCGUGGCUAGCUAUGUUCACUACCCCACCAUCAGCACUGACAUGCUCUCUGUAGUCAGAGAGAGAAACCCCAGGUUCAACAACCCAGACUACAUCUCCAACAGCCUCUUCCUGAGUGCCUUUAAGGUGGUCUACUACUGUCUCUUCGCCCUGCUCUACGGCAUGGCCGGCUCCUGCAGUGACCUGAUCAUGGUCAACUCCUCCUGGACCCUCGAUCAUAUCCUAUCACUGUGGCGCUCCCCCAACCGCACCUGUGUGGUCUACCCGCCCUGUGACGUCAGCGCUUUCACAGACAUCCCGCUCGAAGAGGACGGGGACAGGAAGUGCCACUCGAUCAUUUCUAUUGGGCAGUUCAGGCCGGAGAAAGACCACCGGCUGCAGAUUCGAGCCUUUAAAAAGGUGCUUGAUAGGAGGAGGGAGGGGUUAGGGGGAAGAGAGGCACUGAAGUUGGUUCUGAUUGGUGGAUGCAGGAACCAGGAAGAUGAAGACAGAGUGCUCAUGUUGAGGGGGCUGUGCCAGGAGCUGGGCGUGGCUGACAGGGUGGAGUUUAAGCUGAACGUACCCUUUGAGGAGCUGAAGAGAGAGAUGGGGGAAGCUACAAUUGGACUUCAUACCAUGUGGAAUGAACACUUUGGAAUAGGUGUCGUGGAGUGUAUGGCAGCAGGGAAGGUGAUUCUGGCUCACAAGUCUGGCGGCCCCAAGUUGGACAUUGUUGUACCUUUUGAGGGGGGUCAGACUGGCUUUCUUGCUGAUGACGAGGACGGCUAUGCAGAAGCCAUCCAAAGGAUUCUGGCUAUGUCGCCAAGCAGCCGCCUCCAGAUCAGGCGCAACGCGCGUCAGUCUGUGGCUCGCUUCUCAGAUCAGGAGUUUGAAGCCUGCUUUCUAGCCGCUGUUGAGCCACUCAUAGGAACACUCGAGCGAUGAGAGGAGGAAUUAUUCUACAUGUGUGUUUGUGCACGUGUUGUGAUGUUUGAUACUUGGAGCACCUUUCCCCUCAUGCACUUAGGGCUGCAGAUCAGUCAUGAGCUCAAGCAGAGAGCUGUGGAUAAAAGACUCCCAAAUACAGGUAUUGAAAGGUUAGUUCCAGGAUUUCUCCUAAAAGUAGAAAUGAGAGAGGAUAAAGUUUGAAUCAGAACAACUGAAGGCUCUAAUUUGGGGUGAAAAACCCACAAAACAGAACAAAACUAAGUGAUGUUUUGAGCACACUGCUCAACUCAAGGAUCAAAGUCAUUCCCAUAAAACGUGAAUAUGACUCCGAUAGUAAAUCUUAAUGUAAGUAAUGAAAAUGUUCUUCAUGUAGUGGGUGUGAAUUCAUCCACAAUCCUGUGUUUAGAAGUUGUAGUUAAUCGUUGUCUGUUGUUCCAGUUUUGUUAACGUGGUGCGUGUUAAUGUUUCAGUGCUGCUUUUUAUUUCUAACGUGAUCGCUGCACAUUAGUGCUCUGAAACUUUAAACGAUACUCCCCCACAUGAUUAAAGCGAAAUUAAUUUGACUGAACAUUUAUUCUUUGUGUGUUAGAUAGAAUCAAGUCAUUUUGGGGUGAACUGUGUCUGAAGGGGAACAAAUCGUGUGCUAAACUAUGCUGAAAAGGGAGCAAAAUAACAGGAAACAUUCAUUGUUUACAAGAGUUCCAGUUCCUCACAUUUCCAGAAUGUAUUUUUGAUAUCAAGGAUGAAUGUAAUAAACAUACAGUGAGUGGGAGGGAUUGUUGCUUUUGUGUCUCACUAUAUAAACUGCUAACAGCUGA